UUUAAAAAUAAUAAAUAUAAUAAUAGUAUUAAAUAAUAAUAUUGUUUAAAAUAUAAAAAAAUGAAAAUUUUAGUUCCAAUUAAACGUGUUGUCGAUUAUGCAGUUAAAAUUAGAGUAAAAUCAGAUAAAUCAGGCGUUGAAACCGCAAAUGUCAAGAUGAGUAUGAACCCAUUUGAUGAAAUUGCAGUUGAAGAAGCAAUUAGAUUAAAGGAAAAAGGUAUUGCUAAGGAAAUUGCUGCAGUUUCAAUGGGUCCAAAACAAUCACAAGAAACAAUUAGAACCGCAAUUGCAAUGGGUGCAGAUACUGGUAUUCAUGUUGAAACCGAUAAAGAACUCCAACCAUUAGCUGUUGCUAAACUUUUACAAAAAUUAGUCGAAACCGAAAAGCCACAAUUAAUUAUCCUCGGUAAACAAGCUAUUGAUGACGAUUGUAAUCAAACUGCUCAAAUGUUAGCUGGUUUAUUAAACUGGCCACAAGCCACUUUUGCCUCAAAGGUUGAUAUCAAAGAUGAUAAAGUUCAUGUCACUCGUGAAAUCGAUGGUGGUUUAGAAACUCUUUCAAUGAAAUUACCAGCUAUUGUUUCAUGCGAUUUAAGAUUAAAUGAACCAAGAUACGCCAAAUUACAAAAUAUCAUGAAAUCAAAGAAAGCUCAAUUAAAUGUUUUAACUCCAGAAAAAUUAGGUGUUGAUACUACCUCACAUCUUUCAACAGUUUCAGUUGAAGAACCACCAAAGAGAAAAGGUGGUGUUAAAGUUGAAAAUAUUGAUCAAGUUGUUGAAGGUCUUAAGAAAAAUGCUUUAAUAUAAAUAAAUAAAUAAAUAAAUAAAUAACUAAAUAAAUAACUAAACAAUAAUUUAUUAAAUAAUAAAUAAACAAAUAAAUUACUUUUUUUUUUUUAAAAAAAUGAGAAAAAACAAAUAAAAGAUAUAACAUAAAAAACAUUUUGGAAUGUUAUCCCCAAU